AGACCCUUUCGUGCUGAUAAGAGUUUAAGUGUUGACAACAGCAAGAAGUACAUGAUCGAGUUCAUGGACAUGAGUAGGCUAUUGGAUUGGGAUCGAGUUUUGCUCAAAUGUCAACGCGGCUAAUUUGUGGCUCUCGGCUGAAACUGCAAGUCUACAUACACUGCGCCGGAGAGAACACUGUAGCACCUAGAAUACUCAUCACAGACCUUUUAACGAAGUGUGAACCAAACAAAGAGUUGCAAACGUUCAAUCUUUAGACCUUUUGAAUACCGGUACUGGACAGAUGAGGACUUUGCGCACGUGUUAUUGAGAAAACUGCGGGACGCCGAUGCCAAAGGGGUCGAGGGAUUCAUAACAACCGCCACGGAGCCGCUAACACUGUCAACCUCGAUGGUGGAUGGACGCCUAGACUGCACUUGGUCCAGAUCAGUGCCAACUUUCUGUAACCUGUUCCGGAGAUAAUCUGAACCUCUACCGAAGUUCUGAGCGUUGGUCCGAGGACAGAACCUCUGUGGACCACGCGAGGAGAUAUGGCUGCGAGGGUGACCGUGUCCCUAUUUCUCCUGGUACUCUCCCUCGCAAGCACAGGGGCAGAGAACGCGGAGGAGCGUCUGGUGAACUACCUCCUGGGACCAGAGCGAUACAACAAGCUGAUCAGACCGGCGGUCAAUAAGAGCCAGCAGGUCACCAUCUCCAUCCAGGUGUCUCUGUCCCAGCUCAUCAGUGUGAAUGAAAGAGAGCAGAUAAUGACGACUAACCUCUGGCUCUUCCAGGAGUGGAAUGACUACAGACUGAGAUGGGACCCGGAGAAGUACGAAGGCAUAAAAAAACUACGAAUCCCAUCCAAGCACAUCUGGCUUCCUGACAUUGUCCUCUAUAACAACGCCGACGGCGUCUACGAGGUGUCCUUCUACUGCAACGCCGUGGUCUCCAACACGGGCGACAUCUUCUGGCUCCCACCCGCCAUCUACAAGUCCGCGUGCGCCAUCGAGGUCAAGAACUUCCCCUUUGACCAGCAGAACUGCACGCUCAAGUUCCGCUCGUGGACCUACGACCACACGGAGCUCGACCUCAUCCUGACCAGCGACUUUGCCAGCCGCGACGACUUCACGCCCAGCGGCGAGUGGGACAUCGUGUCGCUGCCCGCCCGCAAGAACGAGGACCCCGAUGACAUCACCUACCUGGACAUCACCUAUGACUUUGUCAUCAAGAGGAAACCACUGUUCUACACCAUCAACCUGAUUAUCCCCUGUGUCCUCAUCACCUCCCUGGCCAUCCUGGUGUUCUACCUGCCCUCCGACUGCGGAGAGAAGAUGACCCUGUGCAUCUCCGUCCUGCUGGCCCUCACUGUGUUCCUGUUGCUGAUCUCCAAGAUAGUUCCGCCCACCUCCCUGGCAGUGCCCCUCAUAGGCAAGUAUCUGAUGUUCACCAUGGUCUUGGUCACCUUCUCCAUCGUGACCAGCGUGUGUGUCCUAAACGUGCACCACCGCUCGCCCUCCACCCACCGCAUGCCCGACUGGGUCAAACGCCUCUUCCUGGUCCGCCUCCCUGCCUUCCUCUUCAUGCGCCGCCUCGGGAGCUCCAACGUCCGCGAGAGACUCCGCAGGAAGUACGGCAGCACCACCGGCGCCGGUACCGGGGCCGCCACGGGCUCGGCGGGGAACAACAGCGCCCCCAGAGGCGGGGAGAAGAAGACGCACUCCGACAUCAAGCUGGGUGGGAUCAAGACCAACGCGGACUCCUUCUACGUGAACGAGGACUCGUCCAAGAAGUUUGGCUGGAAGGUCGGGGACGUGUCGGACGGAGGGCCGCCAGAGUUCCGCCGCCGCGUGGCCGUCCAAUGGGACGCCGACAUGGAGGAGGCGGUGGACGGUGUGAGGUACAUUGCCGAGCAUAUGGGGACGGAGGACGACGACGAAGGGAUCAUCAAGGACUGGAAGUAUGUGGCCAUGGUGAUCGACCGCCUCUUCCUCUGGAUCUUCAUCGUGGUGUGUGUGACAGGCACGCUAGGUCUCUUCAUGCAGCCGCUCUUCCAGAGCUACAACACACCCACGGCCGACGACAACGAAUUAGGAGAUUUCUGACAGCCCAUGGGACCUAGCCGGGGAGACCCUGUAGCAAGUUAAUUUAUAGCUGUCACAGGAACUGUGGAGACUCCUGCGUGCCAAGGCUAUAGGAGGUUCCAGGUGCCCCCUCCUGUUAUCU